AGCACUUAUCAAACUCAUUUAUACCAAAAUCAAGCAAAGCUUGCUCUCACAUAUGAUUUGAGAAAAAACAUGAUCCAAGGUUGUUUCAGCCAACCCGGCUCACCAUCAAGCAUCUCUCAAGUGCCUCAGAACCUCGUAACCUGUAUAUACCAAAUUCAACCAUGCAAUUCACCGACCUAUCUCACCCUCAGUUGGUCCAGCACACUUCUCUCUCGUUCCUUGCUCAUAUGUUCUACAGAUACCUUCUCCAUCACCAUUUCUCUCAACCCUUCAACCCUUUCACUCUUCAAAACACGACCGGGAUCAAAAUCCAUCCAUCUCACUCAAACCCGCCAACAUGUCCGGAAAAUCAAGCUCUACUGGGACUUUUCUCGAGCACGUUACAGUCAUAACUCAGCUGAGCCGGAGUCAUGCUUCUACUUGGCAAUUGUCAGCGAUGGCAAACUCGAAUUCUUUCUCGGUGAUCUUUUCGACGAUUUGACCAGGCGUUCUAACAGAUUGGUCACAACCCGCCAGCCCCCUGAACCGGUUCUGCUGUCUAGGAGAGAACACGUUUUCGGAAGCAGGAGUUACAAAUCGCGAGCUCAAUUCUUGGGGGCCAAACACGAAAUAGAGAUCGAAUGCGAUGAGGGUGUGCUCAAAGUGAAAGUGGAUGGCCAAACUAGCUUGGUUGUGAAAAGGCUGUCCUGGAAAUUCAGAGGGAACGAGAGAAUCAUGAUCGAUGGAAUUGAAGUCGAGUUCUUUUGGGACGUGUUCAGCUGGGUUAAUAGCAAUAGCAACGGCCACGGUGUUUUCGUGUUUCAAGUAGGGGACGGCGGUGUGCUGCCGGAAAUGGUGGGUCCAGAGAAGAAGUUAAUGAGGAAGAGCUUGUCGUCGGGACCAACGUCGGCGCCAACGAUGACAUCGUUGUCGGCGUCGCUGUCGAGCUCUAGCGUGUUACAGUGGACGGAGGAAAGCAGCGACGGAGGGAGGAGCUCGUGCUCUUCAUCGACGAGGUCGUGCGGAAGCAAUGGUGGGUUCUCUUUGUUGCUGUAUGCUUGGAGCAGAGACUAGAAUCCGAAAAGGAAACAAGCCGUUUGGCCGGCGCUAUACAGUUCAUUGCAAGGCUUGGUUAUUUCAAUUCAGGAUUUCUCAAUUCUUUGCAGGCCUUUUCAAAUUCUAAUGGCUGUGUUAUGGAGUGCAAUUUUUUCCGUUCAUCAUGUUGCAAGUUUCUUUUCUCCGGCCAUAACACUCCAUUAUAAUUUUUUCCAUUUUAUUUUCAAUUUGAUUUGUUCAACAAGAAUAUGUACAUGGAAUCAAUCUUUUGUUUGUGUAAUGAGAAUCCAAAGGCCUAAAAUAAAAAUUUAAAUAUAAGACUAGAACGCAGGUUAGCGUUGUAGUUUUGGAAUCAAUCU